AAGAUGAGUGAGUACUGUCAAUGUUCAACAGUCAAAAGCCUUGAAAAAAUGGGAGUUUCUUGUUAGUUAAGACCAAUGACUUUUAUAGCCACAAUGGAAGAAGAAAAUAUCCAUUAGAAAAAGACCGUAGACUUUGGCCAUUUUUUCACUCCACACGGAGCCAAAGCCAAAUCCAAAGCCAACAACAACGCCACCAACUCAACUACAGGAAAGUCCUCAUAAACCCCAUAACCCAAACCAAAACCCAUUGUCUCCUUCUCCUCCUUCUUUCUCCCUCUCUCUCAUACACAAAGAGGCCAUGGGUUACUUGGACGAUGAUCAUGAUCAUGACACAUUCCACGACCACAACGACUUCAACAGAAGGAUACUCAUCAUGGCUAUAGUUUCCUUAUCAGUGGUAUUGGUUCUUGUCUUUACACUUCACCUCUACGCAAGGUUUUUCCUCCGCCGCAGAGCCGCCAUAUACCAACUCAGCCUCAACGUGGCACACGCACACGCCGAGCCAGACAACAACACAGGGCUCGACCCUGUCCUCAUCACCACCCUCCCCACCUUCCCCUUCAAACAACCAAACAACGAUUCUGUGGAGUGUGCCGUGUGCUUGAGCGUUCUAGAAGAUGGAGAACAAGUGAGGCUUCUUCCCAAUUGCAAACACAGCUUCCACGUCGGUUGCAUCGACACGUGGCUUGCUUCGCACUCCACGUGUCCCAUUUGCCGGACCAAGGCCGAACCGGUCCGGCUCGAACCGCAGCCGCGUGAGGGCCCCACCGGCUCGGUUCUUCUCGAUGUUGUUGCACCCACGGCUCCGCUAUUGUUUGAAAACGUGGAAGGAACCUUGGAUGGUGCUAAUAAUAAUGGGUCACCUAAGGUUAGUGGUUCGAAUUCGAGGUUGAGUUCGUUCAGAAGGAUUCUUAGUAGGGACAGAUCGAUGAGGAGGAUUCAACCUUCUAGCCAUGAUGAUGUUGAACAUGAUUUAGAGAGCCAGUGACAAAUUAAUUAAUUAUUGAGAUUGAUACACACGGAAAGAGCUUGGGAAAAAAAAAUUGUCAAGGUGAUAUAUAACACGGUUUUGAAUUGUUAUUUUAUACAUGUUAGUCAAAUAUGAGUGAUUAUUUUGUAUUGAAUUUGAUUUGAUUGCUCGUA